CUGUUCUCGCGGAAGUGACGAACAACCAACCUACGAUCAAAACAUGCACAUGUGAGAGUUGCGUGGUAAGAAACCCACAUUUAUUUCAGAAAGACUUCACUGUCGACGUGAAGAGAGAGCUUCAGCUUUCGGUAUGAAUGAGGCUAGACAUUAUCCUCCGCCGGACUUCGGCUGUCCCCCUGCAAACUCUAUCCAGCCGUUCCAGCACCAACAGCAGCCCCGCAACAGCAGCUUCCACCCCGGCAUGUGGAGCUGGUCCGAGACGCCUUCUGAGCCCAGCUGGGACCAUAGCGGCCAGGCCGGAUGGAAUCACUGGGGAGCGGGAGGGUCUGGCUCCCAAUCAGGCCGGGGGACCUUUGGACCCAACCGUCCAUACGGUCAAAACCAUGGUCGUGAAUGGCAUCAAGGUGGACAUAGAGGUGGAAGACAGAACUAUGGAGGCCCUAACAAUCAUGGGAAAAAGCAGAAGAAUAAGAAGGAACCGGAGUAUUCCCACUUCUGUGACACCUGUGAUCGUGGCUUCAAAAUCCAGGAAAAGUAUGAUGAACAUGUUUCACAACAUGUCAAGUGUUCUGUGCCCGACUGCAGCUUCAUGGCUCAUGAAAAAAUCGUCAGCAUCCACUGGAAGAAUAACCACGCGCCAGGAGCUAAAAGAAUCAAGCUGGACACACCAGAUGAGAUUGCAAAAUGGAGAGAGGAGAGACGCAAAAACUAUCCAACACUUGAGAAUAUGGAACAGAAGAGAAAAGUGAUGGUGGCGCGGGAGGAGACAGGAGCAGUAUUAGACACAGCUCAGUUUGGACGAAUGAGAGGACGAGGAAGGGGUCGAGGUCGUGGUUGGGGUAACAGAGGGUACCAUGGGCGACACAACAGAGGCCCUCACCCAUCAGACAGCAGUGCUACAGAGAGACCUCCACCCCUUACCCAGCCUGGAAGGGAAGGGGAUCCACUGGGAGCACUGGCCAGUUGUGACCAUGAUUCUGACAAAGACGACCCAGCUGCUGAGUCGAGGUCUGGCAACCUGAUUGUGGCCCCUAAGCAGAUGAGCUCAGCUCUGGGAUCCCUGAUUGCCAACUACGGUUCCCAGACUGAGAGCGACAGUGAUGAAGAACCAGAGGCCACCCCUAUUCAGAGAGCCAGGGACCUUGUGCAAGAAAACAAGGUUCUCCUAAACACAAUAACACCGAACUCCCACGACAGAGCGCCCUCAAGAAGCCAGGGAACAGAAACUGAAAAAGUCUCCCAGUCUGACUGUGCCAAUUACACACCUCACAAUAGAAGAGGUAGAGGGGGAAGAGGAGGCAGGGGAGGAAGGGGCGGUAGAGGAGGACACCAAGACACACCACAGAUGCGUCGUGCUACUCUACUUGAGAUGUUACUGGCCCCAGAUAUCCGCCACGAGAGGAAUGUCCUCCUGCAGUGUGUGCGCUACGUUGUCCGUAACAACUUCUUUGGCCUGGAAAGUAAAAAGAGGCAGGGGGAGAUAAAAGACGAAGCAGCCGCCGCUAUCCCAGAUGGAGAACAAAAGCGGAGGAAAGUAAAUACAUCAGAGGAUGUCUUGGCUGCCUCUCCGAUUUGUAGAGAGAAAAGUGCAGCGAAAGUUACUCAUCAGGAGUGUUUAGAAACAAGUAACAAGUGGCCACAAAACAUUCAGGACCAGGGUUUGCAGAGUGAUCAAGUAUGUACAGAACCGUCCAAGGAUUAUGAAGAAGCAGCAGAGGAUUUCAUCCAAAAUGCUGAAGAGACAACCACAAAAGACUGCCACAGCAUGAAUGUUUCAACCACAGAUAAAAUCUCAACUACCUCUUAUAUUUAUGAUGAUGAGAUAUGGGAGAGCCCUGGUGCUGUUAUGUGAAAUUCAAGUAUUUGACUAAAACAGAUUUUCUUUAAAUUUGGAAGUUUUUUUAUUUUGCAUUUAUGGGAUAGGAUAGCUGAAGAGCGACCACAAACGUUUGGAGGAGAGAGUGGGGGGUGACAUGCAGCAAAGGGGCCAAGGUCGGAUUCAAACCAACGGGCGCUGCUGAUGAGGACUAUAGCCUCUGUACAUGGGGCGUGCGACAGGACCGCUAGGCUGUCCAGCACCCCAUUUUCCUUAUUUAGAUGAUAACAUUUUCAAAUUUUUGUCCUUUUUUGCAAGGACUCUUAUUUUUUUGUGAUGUUAGUUUUACUUACAACAAUGUAUUUCCAGCUAUAUUUUUGUAUUAUGUACUUUGUACUGAGGAAAGACAUUAUUCUUGUUGUAUAAAUCAUCAACUCUAAUGACUGCAAUUUUGCAUUUUGUAGAAGUUGUUUACUUUUCAAGCCGAAGUAGUAACGUGGAUGAAAACGUUGGAUGAGUGGUCAGAAGAAGAGGAUGUUUCAGCUAAACCCAGCACAGAAAUUGUUGCCUUUUCUAUGAUCCAAGAAACAGAAUGCUCUUUUCUGUCCGAAAGCGAAGAGGAGGCAGAAGAAUGAAGAUAAAUAUCAGAAUUUACUUUUUUGUAAAUUUUUCUUUUUUUAAGAGAAUUGCUUCUGUGUUAUCAAUAAUGAAGCAAGCAACACCUAACAUGAGUGCACACUUUCCUUCCUUUUGGGUUUACUCUGAGCACUCCGGUUUUUCCCAUAUUAAAAUACAAUAAAAAAAUUAAUGAUU